GCUCUGUAUUGUUUUCUAUUUGCAUAUAUCUCAAUCUCAUAUCCCACACCCGCAGAGAUUGAGAUAGAGAGAGAGAGAGAGAGAGAGAUUUCAAUUUGGCAGGAACAGUGAAGCCUUUUCAUACAGAACUCUUUUUGGGGCUCUCGAAAGAGAAAAAGAGGAAAAAAACACCAAGAAAUUGUAAAGAAGCAGGGAAAUAGAAACAUGGAAAAGAGGAAGAUGAAAAGGAUGUCCCUAUCUAAUCCAUUUCGUUUGUCUUUUUAACCACUUCCAUGCCCAGCAGCCCGUCUUGUCCCUCUCCAUAAUAUCACCACCUCAAAUUUCCUUUCUAGAAACCCCCUUUAGCGUAACAAAGCUUGAGACGGUGAAAAAAUGGUGACUGGGUGGAGAAGAGCCUUCUGCACAUCCGUUCCCAAAGAUAGAGAAACAAACAAAGUGUUAUCGGAGAAGAAUCAGCAGCAGCAGCAUUGCGAGAAUAGUAGCGUCGUUCAGAGCCCAAAAAUCAGCUCCAAGUUCGGGUUUUUCUCCAACCCAUCCACGCCCCGCUUGCAGUCUCAGCCGGUCUCGAGCCCCAGCCUCCGGUGCCGAACCUCCACCGCCACCACCACACCCACUUCCUCUUUGCCGAAUAGCCCGAAACUCCAAUGCAAAACCUCAACCACCCCAAAGAAAAACAGCAGCCCCAGAUUGUUCCAGCUCUCCAAUAAUCCUAUCUCCCCCAAAUCUCCCUCUAGCUUCUCACUCCUCAAAGCCUUACGUCUCUCCAAAAGUAGGUGCGGAAUCUGUAUACAGAGCGUGAAGACCGGUCAAGGAACCGCCAUUUUCACCGCCGAAUGCUCCCACACCUUCCACUUCCAUUGCAUUUCCUCGCACAUCAAAAAGCACCAGCUCUUGAUCUGCCCUGUGUGCUGCGCAACCUGGAAGGAACUCCCUUUGCUCGCUGUCCACCCCAACCCAGAUGCCACCCAAGCAGAGAGAGACAAUGCCAAUACCAUCAACAACAAGAGAGAAUUCAAAGCCAGAGACGUCAAAACCAAGUGCUUGAGAGUGUACAACGACGAUGAGCCUUUGAUGUCCCCCACCUCCGGUACUCGGUUCAAUCCCAUACCAGAAUCGGAUGAGAACGAAGAGGACGAAAACGGAGCCGUCGAGUUCCAGGGGUUUUUCGUUAAUUCUGCUCCUUUAUCUUCGCCGAAAGUCAACGACUUAUUCAGGGACGUGAAGGUGAGCUUGUUACCGGAGGCUGCGGUGGUAGCCGUGGGGAAAAGCUAUGAGACCUACGCUGUUGUUUUGAAGGUAAGGGCCCCGCCUUCUCCGGAGCUAAACUCGGCCCGUCGUGCGCCGAUUGACCUGGUGACGGUGCUCGACGUGAGUACGAGCAUGGGAGUGCCCAAGUUGAAGAUGAUGAGACGUGCCAUGAGGUUGGUGAUUUCGUCGCUCUGUGCGACGGACCGUCUCUCUAUUAUUGCUUUCUCGGCGAGCUCGAAGCGGUUGUUGCCGUUAACGAGGAUGACCACCAACGGUCGGAGGUCGGCUAGGAAGAUUGUGGACGCGCUGGGUUGUGUGGGUCAGCGGACUUGUGUGAACGACGCCCUCCUGAAGGCCGCUAAGGUGCUUGAGGAUCGACGGGAAAGGAACGCCGUGGCCAGCAUUAUGCUCUUAUCCGACGGUAACGAUGAGCGCGGAUCCAUCAGCUCCACCAAUCAGAAGCGCUCCUCUCCAGCCGUGGUGUCCUCAACGCGCUUCGCCCAUUUGGAAAUCCCCAUUCACGCGGUGGGGUUUGGUGAGAGCGGCGCGUACGGUCACGGGCACGAUGAAGACGCGUUCGCCAAGUGUGUGGGCGGUUUAUUGAGCGUAGUGGUUCAGGAUCUGAGGAUCAAACUCGGAUUCGCGUCCGGUUCGGCACCGGCCGAGAUAGCUGGAGUGUAUGCCUUGACGGGUCGGCCCGCCGCGCUCGGGUCGGGCUCGGCCAGGCUCGGCGAUCUCUACGCCGAGGAAGAGAGGGAAGUCCUUGUGGAGUUGAAAAUACCAGCUUCUUCCAUUGGGUCCCACCACGUGUUGUCCGUACGUCCCUCUUUCAAAGACACGUCGUCUCAAGAGCUCGUGUAUUGCAAAGAACAGGCACUCCUGAUACCGCGGGCGCAGGCUGCCCGAUCGUCUUCUCCCAAUAUCCAACGGCUGAGAAACCUUCACGUUACCACGCGCGCCGUGGCCGAGUCUCGGCGGAUGAUUGAGCACAACAAUCUGUCCGGGGCUUAUCACUUGCUGUCCUCGGCUCGAGCCUUGUUGAUGCAGUCGAAAUCCGAGUGGGCUGAGGAGUACUUGCGCGGCUUGGAAGCGGAGCUAGCCGAGCUGAACCGGCGCAGACAGCAUCAGCUGCAGACACAGAGACAGAGAGGACUGGAGCUCAACCGAGUGGAUGAGAAGCCUGAGCCGCUUACGCCAACAUCGGCUUGGAGAGCCGCCGAGAGAUUGGCUAAGGUGGCCAUUAUGAGGAAGUCAAUGAACAGAGUCAGCGAUUUGCACGGCUUUGAAAAUGCCAGAUUUUAGUUUUCUUUUUUCUUUUUAAAUUUUGUAUUAAUACAGAGAAACUAUCAAGAUAUAUAUAUAAAUAUAAAUAAUUUUUGAAAAAAAAAAAAAGGAAAUUAUGAUUGGAGAGGGCCCAGGCCCAUGAUAGCGACAAGGAGUACCGGACGGCUAGGCCCUUUUCAGCAGUGGAAAGUGACGGAUAGUGAAAGGGAAACCCCACAUUAAUUGAUUGGGGUUUGUGAGGCUCUCUAAUUUAUUUGUCUCUUACCCUUUUCUUUAUUUUUUUUGGGGGACACCCAAAAAAAAUAUAUAUUAUCUUCAAAAUUGAGGGAAUAAAAAAAAAUUGUAGGGACUAGGGAGUGGGGAGGUAUGUAUAUGUGUUUGAAUGAUUGCAUCUUUUAAUAGAUAGUAGAAUGUGUAAAUUGGAAAUAGCUGCAAAUGAUGAAUGGGUCCAUUUUUGUACGUUUAUAUGAGCUGUAAGUUGUCCUAGGGGGUUAAUGCCAAAGUGGGAGUGGCAGAGUUAGGGCACAGGAUGAUGCCAAAUGCUUGUGGAUAUUUACUGGUUUGUUUUGUUUUGUUUUGUUUUGUUUUUGGGAGUGGGGUUUUUGUCAUAAUUUUAUUGUAUGUUCGAUGCUUUUAAAAGUA